CCAGGAAGCUGCCGACCAAUCAGGAGACAGCUUGUAAGUCAUGCCAGCAUCAGCAUCCUCCGCGCAUGUGUGUGUGUGAGUGCGAGUGUGUGUGUGAAUGCGUGUGCAUGAGAGUGCGUGUUCAAAUCGCGGAGGUGGGCCGCCUCCGUCCGAAUUAAACCAAGGACUCAUAAGGGUUCCGGUAUCGAAAACUUGACGCGAGCGCGGCCGUCUCUCCAUGUGCUCGGCGGCGGCAAAUGGACGCCGAGGUGCUACUGGGGCCCCCCGUGAUGGCGGACGUGAACGGCAACAAUAAGCUGGCCAACGCCGAGCUGGAGGUGCUCAAACUGCAGGAGCUGGUCCGCAAGCUGGAGAAGCAAAACGAGCAGCUGCGGAGCAGGGCCAACGCGGUCAACAAUUGUCCCGUCGCCUCCCGCCAUCACCAUCCCCUCCACAACCACCUCCAUGUCCAGACGGGCUCACCGCCCACUUGCCUGGCCCCAGCCAAGGAGCCUUUCCCGGCUAAGUGUGAGAGCCAGUGCCCCCGGGAGCCCUUCGCCUAUUUUCAGCCCAGUUCGUCGUCUCCCGAUUCCGCCGAGGAGGAGGAAAACGAGUCGGAGGAUGGAGGCACGACGGUUCUGGAUGAGGUUGACGUACUGGACCUUAACACCGUCCUCACGGUCUCAGAACCAGAUAGCUGGCUUUAUGUGAGUACCAAAGCCAAGCAGCACGGCGGGGACAGCAGCCGUGGCCUCAGCCCUCUCCAGUGGUGCAGGCAGGUCCUGGACCACCCGGGACCAGAAGUGGAACUGGCGAGGAUGACUCUAUGCCACAGAUUGGACCAAGCCAAGCGUUGGCGAGGAGUCUCCCCCGUUCGUCCUCACAGCUGCAUAUACGGGCUGUCCACACUCAGCUGCCCCGUCCUGCCUUACUCCAAACCUGCUGCAAUAACCGACACCACAGCUCUGGCGCAGUCGCCGUCAUCGUCUGGCCCCGCCCUCCCACUCAGGCCCAACCUCAGCCUGGACAGGGCCCCCACCUUUCUGUCGAACUCCACCUUGCACAAUUUUGGCCAGCGGCAUGCGGCCAUCAGCCCCCAGUCUUCCCUGGACAGCGAGGCGGGUAUUUCAGAGAUGGAGGACGACUCCAUCUCCAUGGGGUACAAACUGCAGGACAUGACGGACGUGGAAGUCAUGGCCCGCCUUCAGGAGGAGAGUCUGCGUCAGGAUUACGCGUCUACCUCAGCGACGGUCAGUCGUCGCUGCUCCAGCUUCUCUUUGAACUCGCUGCGGCGCAGCGACGUGGAUCUGGAGGAGGACGACGAGGAGGACGAGGAUGAGGGUUACGACCAGCUCCCUCCUCCCCAGCCUAGACUCUUCCGCACAGGCUCGGUGCAACGAGGCUCCCUGCCCCACUCGCACACAUUCUCCAGCUUCAGAGACUGUCGGCGCAGCUCCACCGCCUCAUCUUUCUCACUUGGGGGCCUGGCGCCCUAUACGGGGGCCGCCAGCCUGAGCGGGGAAACGCACGCGGCAUACAGGAACAGCGCAGACAUUAGGCUGAGGAGAAGCAUGCCCAACCUGAUGCGAGCCCCCAGCAUGCCGAGCGUUCCCAGUAUCCCGAGUGUUCCCAGUAUGCAAUGCCUGGCUUCCCCCGUCACCCCCCCGUCCCAUGGCCCCUCCUCCUUGCCAACCAUGUCCUCCCUGCGCAGCAGCCUCAGCUUUGACUCGUCAAGCAGCCUCGCACGCCUCCAGUCCUCCAUUCCAUUACCGGGCCAGCUGAGUCAACGCGUCCAGAGCGUUGGCAACUUCCCCGCCACUUCUCGUCAACCGCUCAAAGCCACCGCCUAUGUCAGCCCCACUGUCCUGCAGGGCCCCUCCGCCUUGUCCUCCUCCACCAGCCUGCACUCCAUCCCUGGCAGCACACCGCUGCCUCAGCCCCUUAAGCCCACCGCCAGCUCGGUACCACAGCCCAUAAAGACCCCUGCUGCAGCCGCCCCGUCUGCUGUCCCCCGCAGCUCACUCCCUCGCCCCGCCUCCUUCGUGGCCCUUGGUGGAGCUCCACGCUCCAGCAAAAUUAUACAACCCACACGCAGUUUGCUGACACCCCCAAAGAGCCUAACCUCCCUAAGUACCCUGAGGGAUGCCAGCUGGAAAGAUGGCUGCUACUAACAUUCCACAGGUAUCGUCAUAAAAAUGAUAAUAAUACUACCCAGUACUCGUAAUAAACAGGGUCAAGCUGCAUUACUCACUGUAACAGCAUUUGUUGAGCUGUCCCUUAAGAAAGAAUGACUGUUUUUUUUCCUCUCUGAGGAAUAAAGUUAAUAGAUCCAGCAGGCUGGAUUGUCAAAAUAAAACAGGGGUGGGAAACCUGAGGCCCUUGGGCCAGAUAUGGCCCACCGGAGCAGUUGAGCUGGACCAAAAACCCUCCCCAAAUCUCCUAAUAUGUAUUCAAAAACAUUUGUUUGCUGGUCCUCUCAUAUUUUCUUAUUUUCUAAGGACUUUAUACAACUGAGGUUCCCCACCCCUGUUAUCGACUCUUGCAAUAUCCCACUAACCAGUUGUUAAAUGUGAAUUCUUUACUACUGUAAGUUUGUGUGUGUUGAUUGGUUCUCUGCAAGCUGAAAAGAAAAAAGUCACGCUUUUGUACAUGCGUUUUUCAAAUCUCUCACAAACUUUUGUCACUGUGGUGUAAAAAUGAUGAAAAAUGUUUGGCUACAUCCUGUGCCUGUUUGGAAGUGGUGUCACAUUCAUCAUAUUCAUAUCACUUCUAUUUACUGGCCUCAUCUUGCAGCACUUUUCUCGAAAAUAUGUGAAUAACACUUUAAAAGUUUGUAUUUGUUUUGGGUUGCUUAAAUUAUAAAAGUUUUUGACGUGAAUUUCGGUGUGUGUUUUUUUUUAUUGUGUUUCCUUUUUUAAAAGAUACUUUCCUUAGUGUAACUGGCCGCUGCAUUGAUAUUGCACAUCAUCUCUCGUGUUCUACCAUGUGUAUGAUGAGAAGCUUAAGGAGACGGUGAAUUUUUCAAGUGAAAUAAAAGGUUUUGAAAA